CCGGAGUCUCCUGGUGUCCCGAGGCUGCGGAUCCUGGCUCAAGUCCCGGAGCUGCUCAAGAUUUUACUGUGAGACGAGCGAGAUGCCUUCAAAACGUCUCAGCAGAAGAGAAGUGUACACUUCGCUGGCGUGGGAGCUGGUGAUCAUGGCCGGGACCGUCAUGCUGGCCUACUACUUUGAGUACACGGACACCUUCAGCGUGCACGUGCAGGGCUUCCUGUGCUACGACACCAUGUACACCAAACCCUACCUGGGACCAGAGGACAGCAGCGCCGUCCCACCUGUCCUGUUGUAUGCCUUGGUGGCUGGACUGCCCACACUGUUGGUCAUCUGA